AUGAUGACUGCUCUACCACUCCUCCUAGCAUUUAUUUUGCUAGGGCCCUUCCUACGACUAGUGAAUGCUGCGUUUGUCGAAACCCUUGCCGUGAACGGUGUCGAUAACUCAAAACUUCUUCUUAGCGAAUUCAUCAUCGACGUGGGAAUGGACCAUGAUAGGAAUCUUCUAAAGUUCUUCAUAAAUACCAAAGUGAGAAAACCAAAGAAUCACACGACUAACGAGGUUUUAAUCACUGACGUGAACGACGAAACAAACAAGUAUACAACGCUUCAUGUCGAUAUUGAUUUCAUGGGGAAGACAUUUAUCCUGGAAAAUUUAAGAUUUUGUGACCACGUCUCAGUCAAAAACACAUCAGGAUACUUCCCAAGUACAAGAUACCCGCUUCCUAGUGAUGAUACAUCUUCUUCUUCCUCCUCCUCAUCUUUACCUUCUUCCGCCACAUCAUCAUCCCAUUCAACAUACUUCAACGAGAGCACUUUCUCACGCAGAAAAGUGGAAGAACUUCCGAAGGUACACCUUCUUCAGGAUAUUGGAUUGAUAGGCUCUUCCAACGCAUCGGUCACUCCAUUCUUCUCCAAUGACACAGGUAAUUUGGUUCAAUGCCCACUAUACCAAAAUGACUCCAUCGUUUUAUAUUAUCAGGCAGAUGUUAGCGAUCAUCCAAGCACUCUUGGCUCAUACAACGUCAAAUUCACCGUGGUUUCCAAUGAUAAAGAAUCAGAUAUCAUUGGAGCUUUACAAACCCAUGUUACUCCUGUUUUGCAACCAAGAUACUUAUCCUCUCUUUUGAUAUACGGAGUUCUUGCAAUUAUUAUUGUUGCUGGGUUCGUCAAUUAUUUUAUCACGAUAUUUUCACCUGAUCAGGAGUCAAAUAAUCCAUUCUUAGUCGAGGCAUCCACUAUUUGCAAUGGAAGAUUGUUGCGACAGUUAUCGGCUAAUACAAAUAUCAUUGUGCAUUACUUCCAAUUCGCUUUCUUUAUGGCUGGUCUUGAUUUGCAGUACCCUGGAUUUUUGCAACCUUUUUUGGGACAAAUUAGAUGGUGUGCCUUAUUGGGCUUAAAUGUUUUCCGUCAUACAUCUGUUCCUCUGUUGGACUGUGAUAACAUCUUCAUUACUUUAAGUUGGACUGGAUUGAAGUCAUUAGCCCUUUACGGUUCCAACAGCUUUUUCUAUUACAGCUGGCCUAAUUUUAUUAUCUGUUUGCUUCUUUGGAUUUCUGCUACAGUUAUUGUUCAUCAAUUCUUCAUCAUGCUUAAGUUAUGUGUGAAUAGACGAAGAUGCAGAAAGAAGCUAUUGCUCAACAAGGAGUCUCCUACCUAUAUUGAACAGACUUAUGAGAUAAACAAGCAGACGCCAAAACUUUACUCCGUCUCAAAAAAUUUAUUGGCUUUACUUGGCCACUUUUUUAGGCAGUUCCUAUACACUUUUGAGCUUGCAUUUCUUGUUCUUACAUUCUUCAUGCUAUAUACAGCAGGGAAAAAUGGGAAAAGAAUAUUCUUGGAUCAAUCGUUUUUGCGGGCAAGAGCUUUUGAUUUUAAUGUACCAUAUAAUUACCUAAAACAGGAGGGUCCUCUAAAUCUUAUAGAGAAGGUAAACUACCAUCUGUCCCCAAAGCCUACCACUGGAGACAUUCCCGUGGCAAGCAUCAUUUGCGGAUCAUUGGCAAUAUUGGCGUGGCUACUGGCAAAGUUAUACUUUGUUUUCAAAUACUUGAUUUCCUACAAAAAUUUUCGAUUGAGUACGAAUGCGAAUGUUACUGGCUUGUAUACCGAAGUGAAAUCGAUUCUUCUUUGGGCUUAUUUCUAUAAUUCCUACCUGCCCGCAAAGACUCAGUAUGUUAUCGUGGAUUUUGUAUACGUGACAUUGGUUCUGAUUGUUAUUGCUUUAGUGCAAGUUAAUGGUGCACUUCAAGUCGUCUUCCUCAUAAUCAUCGAAUUUAUAAUGUUGGUUUUGCUUUUGACGGUUAAGCCUUUCUACUUGAAAAUGACCUGGCAUUCGCUCUACUUGAUUACACAUAUCGCGAGACUCCUUGUUUUGUUCCUUUCGAUUCCAUAUAUUCGGGGCCUUGGCGUCUCUGAAACACCACGGACUUACGUUGCUUACAUUCAAUUGGUUAUACACUUAAUCGUUUCCAUUGUUUUUGUUAUUCAAUUAAUUUAUUGUCUAUACUUGACUAUGGUGUCUCGUAUUUCAAGCCGAAAACAGAGGAAAAUGGAAAAGUAUUCAUCGGGGAUUCAAAACAGUAAUUUGGAUCAACUCAAAGAUGAUUUUGAGUAUUAUCCCGUUGUUUAUUCCUGUGGAAAUGCUUCUAGUGCUGAAGAUAAUACAAAAUUGGGAACGAAGACUACCCGUGCCUUAGAACAAACUAUCGGCAGAAGAAGAGGAUUUCGAGUAUUACCGCUCUAG